CGGCAGAGUCCAGCCAAGCACCACACCCCAAACAGCAACAGCGUGCUGAACUGCAGAGCGAGCCAGACCCAGUGACAACGUUGCUGCUUACGCGUGUGCGUGCUGACCUGAGAACAGCAGGCACCAAAGCACCCCCUCCGCCUCAACCCAACGACAACGACAAGUGUUGCUCAGUUGCAGCAGACAACCCUCGGCUCAACUGUGAAGCACCAUGUCCCACGUCACGUUUGAGGACCCACCAAGUGGUGGCAACGAUGACGAUGACUCCCUUUUCGACCAAGCCAUGUGCUUUGGCGACCACGUCUCCUUCUACGACGCAGAACACGCCGGCUAUGUGUUUUGUGGCAUCUCAGGGAGCGUGCACGGCAGCCUGAUGGUCAAGCCCUCCGAUCGGCUGAACCCAGACAUCGGCAACUUCAAGACUGCCGUGUUCCAAGUGCGUGCCCAGACCAAGUACAAGGCGCAGAAGAACCUGCGCAUGGCCCUGCAGCGCCUGCGGGACGACCAGAAUAGGCCCGACCUGUCCCUGGAAGACGCCAUGCUCAGCGCAAACGAAGAGCUCCUGGAGCUCCACGCACUCGCAGAGGCCGAGAAGCAUGACAACCAGCUUGAGCAAGAGCGCCGCAAGGGCGAUCACGUCGUUUAUGGCCAAGUGGUGCAGCUGUACCACAGCUUCUCUCACCUCUAUGUCCGCGUCAGCUCGACCGUCACCUCCGCCGUCGAGCCAAGCAACAUGCGCAUUGAGCUUGACCCUGCCGUGUCGAGCUACUCGUGGUUCCGCAUCAUGCCGCGCUACAAAGUCCGCGCCGAGGGCGAACGCGUCCGCAUGGGCGAUCAGAUUGUGCUUGAGAGCGUGAAGACGGGCGGGCAGUUUAUGCACACGAGUGCAGCCAUCCUGCCCGAGGACAAGAACAUUGUCCCCGGCUGUCACGACAUGAGCGCAUCAGUCUCCCCAACGGCCCUCACCGUGUACCCGCACAUGGCGCACCGCGACCCCGAGGCCAAAGGCGUGCGCGGCGGUGACUUUAUUCAGCUGUUCCACAAGGAGAUCAGCGCGUAUCUCGCUGCAGAGGGCACCUACUUUGAGAACGCGCCACGGGAGGAUGUGCACAUGCGCAUUCGCGAGCCAGACCCGCGUCGCCCGCACCGCCUCAAACCCCCAACAAGCGCCGUCUCCUUUUGGCAAAUUGAGAUUGACGGCCGCCCUACCGGCGGUGACCUCAUCGAAUGGGAGUCAAAGAUCCGCCUGAAGCACGCGACGACGCAGAAGUACCUCAAGCUGCGCACAGACUCGUACCUGCCGUCCACGGAGGAGCCAAAUGACGACGACGAAGACACCAGCUUCGGCGGGUUUGAGCUGUCCAAGUCUGAGGCGACGGGCGGAGAGAUGGUGCUGUCGCUCACGGACGACGCAAACGACCCCGACGCCGUCUUCCUCAUGGUCGCAGUCAUCCGCGAGAAGCACAACGUCGAGAACGGCGCUUACGCCCGCAUCCAGCACUGCGCCACAGGCCACUGGCUGCAUGCUGCAAAGACGCGACCAUAUGAGCGCCGCUGGCACUUUGAGAUGGCCAACGACAAGCUGCGUACGCCCCUCUUUGAGAAGCUCGACCGCAUCGAGUGGGACCAGGCCGAGCUCAAGCUCGCGACGUGCACGCGCAACCGCAUGUUCGAUGACGCGUUCAUCGUGCAACGCGUUCCCUUUGAGAACGUUUCCUAUGUCAACUACGUCUCUGGCAUGGUCGAGGUCGUUCGUUUCUUCAUUCGCUCCCGCAAGACCGGCGAGCUGUCCUCGCUGACGUACCGCGGGUUCCAGCAGGCGCUGCGGGAGUACACGAUGUUCCUUUCGGACAACGGCAAGCUCAACCGCAUGAAGCAGAAGCUGCUGCGCAACUUUGGCGUCGUUGAGCUGAUUGUUGAGCUGCUGCAGGUGCCGUUUGCCGAGUACAACCUCGCUCCAAAGGGCAUUGCCCUGGCCGACCUCCUCAAUCCGCGCGACAUCAAGGCCGAGACGAAGCGCACGCUUGUGUGUGCGUACAAGCUGUUGGCGGGCUUCCUCACGGGCGAGUCGCGCAAGAACGAGCUGUACGUGUGCAGGCACAUUCCGUUCUUCCUGACGCAGCUUGGCUACGACCUCGACAUGGAAACCAUGUACACCGCCCUGGUCGAGGAUAACCAGAAGAUCGUCGACGUCCUUGAGGAGCCUGAGAUCCAGCAGAUGGUUGAUUUGCUGCACAAGGACAAGGACCCGCGCUACCUGCAGUUCCUCUCUGUCCUCUGCAGCGUGGACGGCGUGGCCAUUGGCGAGAACCAGGAGCGCAUUUGCAAGAUGCUGCUCGAAUGCGACCACCCGCCAGUCUACAAGACAAGGCUGCAAGACAGGCGCGUGUUCAUCAACAUUGACGGCGUGAACUGGACGCCGCUGUCGGAUUUUGCCCACACCGCCCGCAAGUCGCCCAACCGCUCUGUGCGCCGCACCUACGAGUUCUUUGUUGCGCAGCUCGACCUGUUUGGCGAGCUGUGCCUGCAACGGUGCAGCCACGCCAUCCGCGUCAUCACCCGCGAUCUGGGAUACCUUGGCUGGGAGGAGUGCUUCAUGUGCGCCCGCGACGACAGCCUGCCGCCGUCCCUGCGCAAGCACUACGUCGAGCUCAUGAUCAACCUCUUCAUCGACGUGGACUGGAACAACGACAUCCUGGAGGAGGUGCAGCUGUGCUUUGAGUGGGACAAGCUGAGCGCCAAGCCCUUUGCUGAGGCCGGCAGCGACCCGAGCAAGAGCAUCACGGGCGCGCAGAUGCCCUUCUUCUCCGCCCUCAACGAGUGGAUCCUUGAGUUUCUGCAGGAGCACCGCUCCCUGGAGGCCAACAUGGUGGAGAUGAACAUGUUCAUUGCCUCUGUGCUGCAGCUGGUGCGCCUGCUCGUCUCCUUUGGCUACUACGCCAACCCGGAAGACAUUGAGCGCCUCAUGCUGCAGCUCAAGCCCAUGCUCAGCGGCUUCAACGAUCGGCCCUCCCGCGACCCCGGCGAGCGCACGCAUACGGUGACACGGCGAAAGGGCCUGCUGCGCCGCGAGACGUCCGCCAUGGACGCAAACGACCGCAAGGUCGUCUCCGAGUGGCGCAAGAAGGAGCGCUACCUGUGCAACAACACUAACGAUGCCAUGGUGGACGUGAAGAUUGCCGCCCUGGGCGUCAUGGACACGCUGCUCAACUUCAGCCUCUCCGUGCGCAUCGAGCAAUUUUGCUUCGACUUCCGGCAGGUUGUCGGCUGGUCUGGCGAGCGCCGCAACACGCGCCAGUCCCGCGUGGGCCAGGUGUUCCACUUCAAAGAGCUCACGGACGGGCCAACCAUGCACUUUGACACCAUGCAGUGCCUGACCAAGAUGUCCAAGAACGACCCCAACCUGGACCCGUACGAGCAGACGGACCUCGUGCGCUCGUAUGUGGGGGAGCUCUUUGACCGCGCCAACUACCUGUGCCCCAAGUGGCGGCCAGAGGCGUCGGCGCUGCGCCAGGGCGGCGAGGACGACCUUGUUGAGAUUCUGCUUGACCUGGCAAAGUACAAGUACCCGCGCCUGACGUGCAAGAGUCUGCAGCUGCUUGACCGCCUGUACAAGUCUGCGGAACACCUCUUCACGUACACGAUUGACGCGCAGCUUCUGCUCGACCCCGAGAGCAUCCGCCUGGACGCGCGCCUGAAGCAGGACAUGCCUGUGCUGCGGCGCCUCGGUGCGGGCCAGAUUGAGGUGGUGGAGAUGGACGAGUUCAACGACAUUCUCAAGGAGCUCACGGAGCUGUGCGUGGUGGACCGCCUCAACCCGCACGUCAUCAACCAGCGCAUGAUUGUCAAUCACGGCAUCCUGAACGUGCUCUUUGACGUGCUCGACCAGGAGAACCAGCCCAAAGAGGUCAUCAUCAGCGUGCUGCGCUGCCUGGAGGUGCUUGCGCAGGACUACGAGUACGUGCAAGACGAGUUCUUUGAGCGCCUGGACAAAAUCCUCACCAUCGAGACAGACGCCACGGGCUGGGAGAACGCGCUGGCAGACGCCGUCAUGGCCGUGUUUGCCGACAACCAGGAGCUGUCGCUGGCGCUGAGCGUGCAGCAGAUUGAGCUGAUGAUGGACAUCCUCGUCAAGCACAACGUGCGCGUGCCCAACAUGGUCAACACGCUUCGCUCCAUUGUCAAGUGCGAGGAGCUGGGCGUGCCGCUCCCGCGAAACCAGAACAUCAUCAUGAAGAACCUCAUGAAGCACUUUGCCGAGACAGUGGAGGUCACCUUCAUUGACGUGGAGGUUGGCGACGAGAACAACGUCAAGCGCAUUGAGCUGUGUGAGUACAGCGGCAAGGAUGAGGCGAAGCUGCGCGAGCAGCGCUACCACGCCAACAUGGUCGGCCUCAUCGCCCAGUGCGCGGAGGGCUACACUCGCUUCAUCGAGUCCACGUGCAUGACCUUCUUUGAGAUUGAGGAGAUCAUCGACGUCAUCGCCAACGACAAGAUUCCGCUGUUCAUCAAGACGGAGUACAUGCGCUUCCUCAACUUUGUCUAUCUUGAGACGACGGCCUCGCAGCUCGAGGCUGGCACGCAGGACCUGUACUCGGACAUGCGGCUGUGGCACAGCCUGCAGCACCUUGCCUCGCGCCACUUUGACGCGUUCUACACGCGGCAGACGGCGGAGUCGCCACUGCUGCCUGAGGACGAGGAGCGCUUCAUUUACGAAGCGUUUCUCCCGCUGCUCACCGUUGUCAUCCGCGACUUUUACCAGCCGAAGCUGUGCCCGACCUCGCAGAAGCCGCUUGCAGACAUUGCCACGAAGAUUUUCAGCUUUGCCGAUCGCGCGCUGAACAACAUCUUCAACCACGAGCACUUGAAGGAGCUGAGCAUGGCCGUGCUUGCGCUCAAGAACGCAGAGGGCAUCAACGCCCCGUCCGGCCUCGUCAACCGCAUUGGCAAGGCACUGCGCAGCCACGAGGCGGACCUGGUGCGCACGCCGGCAAAGCAGCGGUACGAUGCGCGCUUCUCGAAGCAGAACGAGAUCAACGAGCUGCUCAACAUGUAUGUGGAGGCGGUGCGCAAGAGCUACUGCGGCCGCAACGACCUGCGCGUGCAGCUGCCCCACGCGGACUACGAGCCCCCAGAGCCCAAGCCGUACUGCGAGAACGAGGACGAGGACGAGCCACUGCCGCUCGGCCCAGACUUCCAGGCAUUUGUCAACCUCUUUAUUGAGUACGAGGUAGACGGCCGGGUGUGGGUCGCCAAGCGCCCGCGCGAUGACCUGACGACGCUGGUGGAGUCGCUCAAGGCGUCCCGCCGCUACUACGCCACGCUGGAGACAAAGGACCAGGAGGUGCAGGAGAAGCUGGACAUCCGUUGCCUGCAGGCACUGCGCUGCAUCCUGCACAACCAGAUCAAGUGCGAGAAGGAGUUUGAGUCGUUCCAGAACGAUAUUGCGUCACGCGGCACUGUGCUGCCUGUCGCAGACAUGCUGUCCGUCCCCAGCGACGACGUUGUGCGUGAGGCGCUGUGUCUGCUGAUUGUGCUGCUCGAGGGCGGCAACAAGACUGCGCAAGACAGCUUCUACGAGCACUUUAUCGGCACGCGUGAGGAGACGUUCUUCCAGGACGUGCAGGCGCGCAUUCGCCGCAGUAUUGAGAGCAUGCGCGAACUCCGCGCCCUCAAGCGUUCGCUGGAAAUUGAGAGCUCCAAGGACAACGCCAUGAUGGGCACCAUCACCAUGAUCAACCAGCUCGGCGAUUCGGGCGAGGGUGGUAUGGAGAUGCAGACCAUCUCCUCCAAGGCGUGCAAGGACGACGACGACCUUGGCAUCAAGGACGAAGGCAACAUCGAGCUUGUGCUGCGCGUGCUGCAGUACAUGUGCGAGGGCCACAACUUCCAGCUGCAGGAGUACCUGCGGUUCCAAGCAGACAACAUCCACCCCAUCAACCUCGUCAACGUCACGGUGGACUUCCUCGCCACCAUGAUGGAGGACGUGUCCGAUGACACCAUCGAAGUCAUCACCCAGACGCUUGAGACGCUGGUUGAGUUCUCGCAGGGCUGCCCGAACAACCAGCAGAGCAUCUUCGACUCCAAGGUUGUGGACUCGCUGAACCACCUGCUUCGCAUCCCCAAGUUCUACGAGGUGUGCAAGGCAGAGAAGGUGGCACGGCUGCACCUGGCAUGCGCUAACCUGGUGCUGGCCAUGCUUGAGAACAGCGACGAGCGCACGCGCAGCAUGGCCGUUGAGCUGGAGCAGACGCUGGACAUUGAGCACGUGUUCAAGAUGAUGCACCACUACGACGAGGUGCACAUGUCUGGUGCGGACCAGGAGUGGGAGACUGACGAGGACGAGGACGAUGACCCCGUGCCCGCUCAGGACGUCGCCUCCGCCUUCUUCAUCUGUAUCGUGCGGUUGAACGACUUUACGCACCGCAACUACCAGGACGACCCGAAGCUGAACCCCCCUGUGUUUGACAAGAACGGCCGCCGCAUUCCAGAUACGUUUGCCAAGCUUGAGGGCGAAGUGUCGUCGAUUGAGGUGCUGCGCGACGACCAGGUGCACCGCGUCCAUUUCCUCAACAAGUGGGGCGACAAGAUCAGGCCCGCCGUGAAGGAGGAGCUCAAGUGGAACAUUGAGCGCGGCUCCCCUGCCGAGCGCUUUGACGACUUCCUCUCUCGCGCUAAAGUCAUUGUUGCCGACAUCCAGUACUUUGACCGGGUGAUGAGCGCAAGCCCCGUGAGCCACGCCUUGCUGAAGCACUCUGCGCUGUGGAGCAAGAUCAUGCUGCUGCUUACGUUCAUCCUCAACAUCUUCAUCCUUAGCCUGUGGCAAGCGCCCCGCACAUGGAACACCGCCGUCCCAGACUACGCCUACGAUGGAUACAACACGCUGCUGGGCAUCUUUGGUGCACUGCACAUCUUCUUCUCCGUCCUCGUUGCCACCUCCUACUUUGCCCUCAAGCCACCGAGCCUGGCCAUGUCGCUCCCACAGUACGAGUUUAUCCAGCGGUUUGUGCCACAACCGGACGAGAACGACUACCGCACGCGCAGCAACAUCUUCGACAUGUCAAGCUUCUACCACGUCCUCGUUGUUGUUUUCUCUGUGCUUGGCGUGUUUUUCCACGGCUACUUCUACUGCUUCCACCUCCUGCACGUUGUCGUUGGCAACGACAUUCUUCUGCGCGUCAUCAAGUCUGUGACGAAGAACGGCAUUUCGCUGCUGUGGGUUGCGGCGCUGAUGGUGAUUAUCAUCUACAUCUACUCGCUCGUCUCCUUUGCCUUCCUGCGCAAGAACUUUGAUGAGAGCGAGGGCGCGUACUGCCAGACCGCCUUCCAGUGCUUUAUCACAAGCCUGCGCCUUGGUCUUCUCUCUGGUGGCGGCCUAGGAGAAGCGUUGCCGGCUGCCACGUUUGGCUUUGCUGAGCCUGGCCUUCGCACCCUGUUUGACCUGUCCUUCUUCAUCCUCAUCACGACCAUUGGUCUCAACGUGGUGUUUGGUAUCAUUGUCGACUCGUUCUCCGAGCUCCGCGAUGAGAAGUACCAGACACAGGAGAUUAUGCAGAGCGAGUGCUUCAUCUGCGGCCUGAAGGCGUUUGACUUUGAGCGCCACGGCAACGGCUAUGACGAGCACGUCCACUGUGAACACAACAUGUGGGACUACGUCGCUUUCUUCCUCCACCUUGAGGCCAAGGACCGCACGGAGUACACGGCCCACGAGCAGUAUGUGUACGAGCAAUUUGAGAAGGGCGAGUACGCCUUCUUCCCAGUCAACCAUUCCCUCUCCCUCGAAGGCCACCACGACAACGGGGUUGAGGAGCGGCUGACGCAGGUUGAGCGCACGCUGCAGUCUGUGCUUGCACGCAUGGAGCAAGACGCAAACGAGCGCGCAGCCGAAGCGAAGCGCCGCGAAAUUCAAGAGUCCAUGUCGAACCUGAAGCGGCAGUCCACGCUGCAGCGACAGCAGACGGCGUCCUCUGACAGCGCAGAUGAGGCCGAGGACGAGUGAUUGAGCGAGUGGAAGGAAAUGAACGGAUGGAAGAAGUGACAAGAUGGGAUGAAUGGAUGCGACCAGUGGUGGAUGAAACGAGUGAGGACCGUGAGGGCGUGUGAGGGGCUGUGAGCUGUUGCUGGCGCCUCUGUAGCUGUUUCUUCUUUUUGGUGCCGGUUGUUUAUGAGGAGGAUGGAAGACGACGCGAUAGUUUUGUAUUUUGUUUUUGUUUGUUUCAUUGGUGUUUGUGGCCGUCAAGGUGGUCCGUGGUGACUUGUGAGCGCUGCUUGUUUUCUUUCUCGUAUGUGUUGCAUUCUUGUGUUCUGCAGCCGCCACGUUGGCGUGCUCGCAGCAGCUUGUUCAUUGUAACGUAUGUUGUGUUGAUUUGUUUACCCAAGUUUGUGUUGCGAUGACUUUCGUCACAGCAAUGAACACAGCACAACGCCG